GGUUUUAAUAUAAUUGAAUUCAGCAUUCUGGCUUGUAGAGGUUGAGAGAGGACCUUUUCCUGAUCCAGACGCUCAUUAAUGCCUGAUGGAGAAUUCAAUAACAUUCACCAUCGGCGGUUUCCAGGAAAAAUACUUCUAGGGUGCUAUUUGGGAAGUAGCCUUUGAUAAUCAGUGCUUGAUUUGGACUGAAAUAGGUCCCGGUAGUCAGCUCCGGUGAGCCCAAGUCAAGCACUGUUGAUAAUGCAGAUGUUGAGGAUAGAGUGUUGCACAAAGGCUAACAUUACAUUCUGACAGACAUCAUACUCUCUUUGUAUAUUAGACUCCCAAAUGAAUAGGGGAAAGUUAGUUAUCAAUAUAUUUUAUUUAUACUAGCAGGCUUUGAUAUUGAAACAUGAGGAAAGGGUCAAGUUACAAGAGCUCUCCUAUGCUGAUUCAACAGUAUGGACACAAACAUGGCCUUAUAUCGAAAUAUACUGUAUUUGGCAGUAUUUCGUUUUUUUAUCUGUUAUUUCUUACAUUAUUAGGCCAGAAUUUGUUUGGUGUUAUUACAUACAGCCUGGAAGAACUAUUGGAUAUCAGAGCAGCGGUAACUCACCAGCACUACCAGCAUUACGCCUAUUCUACUGUAUCUUAGUCUAUGACGCUCUGACAUUGCUCGCCCAAUAUUUAUAUAUUCUUAAUUCCAUUCCUUUGCUUUAGAUUUGUGUGUAUUGUUUUGAAAUUGUUAGAUAUUACUGUUAGAUAUUACUGCACUGUUAGAGCUAGAAACACAAGCAUUUCGCUACACCCGCAAUAACAUCUGCUAAACAGGUGUACAUUUUUUUAUUUGAUUUGAUUUGUGUUAUACUGGAACAAAAUCACCAGCAAAAGGAAAUACCUGUUUGAAAUCAGUCCAACAGGGGGCGGUAUUUAGCAGACACUUUGAGGGUGUAUAGCCUACAGCCAUGCCUACUACUCAGAUUGAGCUGAGCGUCUCCUGCUCUGUGCGACGCUACCGCCAGACGGACACACGUUCUUCCACUCAGUCAGUCAGUUGGCUUGUCUGACGCUAAAGAGCAAGUCUACUAUAGUCUCCCCUCUCUCGGGAUUUGUUUGGAGAGAAAGCGCGUUGUUUCUGUAAGGCAAAAGAAAACAUGUCUGUAUAUUGGUCAUUUUGAAUGCGCUUGGAGAAAGUUACAUUUGACUAUUUUCUUGCAAAAACGCGGACACAAUGUGACAAUGUUGACCAGCAGACUGGGUUAUCCAUGACGGAUUGGUAAAGAACUGUUCAUUAAUCAAGGAAAAAGGGACGUAGAAAUGGGGAAACUUCAGUCCAAACAUGCGGGCAAACGUAGAGAGAACCCCGAAGGAGACAGUUUUGUUGUGAACGCUUUCCUCCGAAGAGCGAUGGAAGAAUGUGAGAGAUACAGCUCCUCAGAUCACAAACUGAACAACAUUCAGGAGUUUCCACAUAGUGAGCUGAAGGAGAGACAGCUCUUAGACCAUCACUGUCCCCUAGAGGUGGUUCUCCCUCCAGAGAAGGCUGCUGAGGGCUGUGACACUUACCUGCAGUACCCCCACACAGACCCAGGGCCAGACAGGCAGCUACUGAGAGGAGGGGACGCAGGCAAAGCCUCUGGGAAGAAACGCAUCAGCUUGGAUGACCUAGAGUGUGACGUAUCAGUGGAGGAAGAUAAUCGUCAGGAAUGGAUCUUCACCCUCUAUGACUUUGACAACAGUGGCAAAGUUACUAAAGAGGACAUGUCCAGUCUGAUGCACACCAUCUAUGAUGUGGUGGACGCCUCGGUCAAUCACUCGUCCUGCCACAGUAAGAGGAAGACCCUACGGGUCAAACUGACCGUCACACCAGAGCCCGGUGCUCGCAGGAGAGACCCCAUCUCCACUGGACCAGACCGGGAGUCAGGACGCCUUCACCAGGAGGAGGGACGAUCAGCAGACAGACGGCUUUCUUCUCACAUCAGGCCAGGUCAGAGCAGUGAGGGACAGCAUUACUGUGUGGAUGAGAACACUGAGAGGAGGAACCACUAUCUGGACCUAGCUGGUAUAGAGAACUACACCUCCAGGUUUGAAGGAUCCACCCCUCCUCCGCCCCCCCAGGAGACCCAUGUGCGGACCUCCCAGUCCCAGAACCGCUCCCGUUCCCAGGAGCCCGAGGCCCACGCCGCCCACGCCCACCAGCGCCGCUCGCAGGUCAUCAGUGAGAACUACAGCCCUCUAGAAGCCCGGGGUCGGGGCGCGUCACACUUCCUCAAGUCCCCCAAAGGAACAUCUAAAGGAGCCGGCAUCGGAGGGACCAAUGGGGGAAUUGAAAGGGGCAAGUCCAGUAAAUACCACGCUGGGGGGCAUUACCCUCCUCAGCCUCCUGCUCUCCAGACCCUGCUGCAUACAGGGAAUUCCUCAUCUGGGGGUCACGGAGGUCAGGAUGUGUACCACCUCCCCUUCUCCAGCCACCACCAGCACCCUCUGCAGCACAGCCACAGCAAACGGCUCCGGGCCAAAGCCAGGGAGGGUCAGGGCCUGUCCCCGUCCAAAACGCCCCUGUCACCUCACUCCAAUCCCCAGCAUCAGUAUCAGCAGCAGCAUCAGCAUCAGCAGCAUCAGCAGCAGGCUCCCCCGCCUCCCCCUUGUCUUGAGAGGGAGAAGGAGAGGGAGCAGGGGUCUGGGUCCUUUGUGUUGCCUCUGGUGCAGCGUCACGAGCACCGCCACCACCACGAACACCACCAUCACCACCACUACCACCACCACCACCAGACAUGACCCAAUAGGACCCCAGUCACAGUAACAGUCAGAGACUGAGAGACCUUUAAAGGACCGACUGACCACACCCGUCUGUCUGUAGAAGGACUCAACCUCCUCACCCAAUGGGAAUGUCUCCGCUUCUGUCCUGAGGCUGCCCAAUCUGAGAUGGCACCCUAUUCCCUAUAUAGUGCACUACUUUUGACCAGAGCCCCUAUUGGUUAGCCCUAACUCUAACCCUGUAGACGUUUGCCAAAUGUAGUGCACUAUAUAACAAGGUGCCAUUCACGCAGCCCAGGAUCUUAACCCUCCUCCAUUUUGUGCCAGACAGGCUGCCAGAGCCAGACAGUUUCCCUGAGAUAUCCUGGGAUCAGACACACUGAUGGAAACUGGAGUGUGGCUGACUUGACUGCUAUGGGUAUUCCAUUGUAAAGGGUUGCUGAAGACACGGUGGUGCAGUUUUGUAAGACGUUUUCUAUGGCACAGUUCUGAAUCUGAAUCAAAUUAGUUUAAACGUCCUGCUGGACUAAGCUACUCCUCUCUACACAUGGACCAAGCUACUCUACACAUGAACCAAGCUACUCUACACAUGAACCAAGCUACUCUACACAUGGACCAAGCUACUCUACACAUGGACCAAGCUACUCUACACAUGGACCUUCACAAAGGGAGAACAGAUACAGUACAGCUCUAUGUGGACAGAGGUCAGAGGUCAUCAAAAGUGACAUCAUUUCCUCCUUGGUGUUGACCCAUAGAUUUGCUUGUUCCCAGAAGCUAAGUACUGUCUCCUUCGUCCCAAAUGGUACACUAUUCCAUUUUAUAGUGCACUAACUUUGACCAGGGCUCAUAGGGCUCUAGUCUAAAGUAGUGCACUAUUUAGGGAACAGCGUGACAUUUGGGACACUGCCUCUCCGUCAGAGUGGGUUGUGUGUCUUGUGUGUACGAGAGCUUUCCUCCCAACGGUGUAUCUCAGGUGUCAGGUGCUGCUCCUUAGCUGUUCUCUCUGCUACUUCCUCAUUGGAACCGGAACCCUGCUGUUGGGCUUCCAGAACCAGAGGAACAAUAUCAAAUCACCACUGCCAGUUUUAAUGCAAAAAAUACCUAGCUAUAAUAAGCAUUCACUUCUAUAUAUGUAUACACAUUUUACUGUAUAAUUAUACUGUAUUUAUAUGCAUGUUAUUUCAUCAUGAAUUAUAAUAAUGCAUAUAUGUCUGUGUCGUUGAUGUAUUUUAAUAAACAUUAUAUAUACUGUA